AUGACAUCCGAUGAUCAAGAAAAGCAUCAUCAUCAUCAUCGUCUUCAAAAUUCCAAUGAUGAAAAUUCAACAUUACAUAGUUAUAAAACUCGACAAAGAAUGAAUAUUAGUUCAAUUGUAACUAAAGAUGAAAAUGAUAAAUCUUUAACACAUUAUAAAAGACUUAAUUCAAUUGAACAAAUACGUAAUUUAUAUUCAACUAUUAAAGAAGAAGAAACUUAUCGAAUACAAUUAGGAAUAUCAUGUUCAAUGUGA